AUGAUAACGAACGUGUUGAUGGCUGCUGCCGGUUUAAUUACUUUCAUCACCGCGGAGCGGCCGAUGCGAUGCUAUCAGUGUAAUUCGGCUGAAGAUGCAAAUUGUGAUUCCAAUGAUCCCAAGGAUCUAAGGCAGUAUAUCAAACUCUGCCCAUUAUUGCAGGAAGGCACUUAUGCUGGUAAUGAACCGAUUGCUUGUCGUAAAAUUGUUCAGGUUUGUGUUACUUUUUUAUUUCCACCACUUUCAUAUGAAAUGAAACUGAAAUUAUGUCAGGAAAAUGAAGAUCGUUCGGAAAUCAGUGGAUCCUGGCAGCAUGCCUCCAGUUAG